CAACGAAGCAUUUCCCCUGGAAAAGGCAGGCAAAGGGCUUAAGUGUGAACGAAGCAAACACCCGCGCCGAUGCUACAGCCGUCGAAUAUCCGCUCCCAAGCAGUUUCCUGUGCCGCUGGAUAUGGCCACACAGGGGAUCCAUAACAGCAUACCCACAGGGCUGCUCCAGAGCUCUCAAAGUACACGCAUAUUCUCCGUGGCACGGAGGAGCAAUCCGGGUGCUCGCUCUUGACGCUUGGACAAGACAAAGACAGGUCGCCCUAGAGACUUUCCUUGAGAAACGACUUCCGGUUCACUCUUAUGCUGGCAAUUUACGCUAGGUUUCACCCCAGCAGAAUCUGAGAUCAAACCUAUCUCGACCUCCUUCCCAUAUGGCCAACAAGGGCCAUGCUCAUAGCAAUGCCCCCUUACAUCUCGAUGGCAGGUUAUGCUUACAAGGAGAUAACAGCAUCAAGCCAUCUUACUCCAUUCCAGUCCCCGGGGCAAACGCGGAGGUACGCAUCUGCACACUGCACAUAUAUCUACUGGCAAGACAUGUUCCACCUCACACCUGCCGACUCACUGGCCGAGGACGGCGGGCCGGUGCUUGUUAACCUCAACGUCAACUUCCAUCUCCCUUGCGUGUGGCCCCGAGACACGUCACAGACCACCGCCCCCUCGGGGGUGCUCCACAUCAAUCCGGAAUACGACUUCCUUCAGAUAGUUCUCGGGCGGGAGGUAUGCUCCGAACAAAGUCAUGUUAUUGUCGAUUUUAUCCGGCGCUUCAAGACUGUCCACGAUCCGCGCGGCGUGGGCUUCCGCAACCUGGUUGCUGACGAGUGGUUUUUGACCAAAUUCCGCCCCGCCAGAUGGUCCAUCGGGGAGUCGGAUGAGGCGCAGGAACCGGAUAGGGGUCAGCCACCCGACGCCGUGGCCACCCGCGCUUUCAGAGAUACCAUGGCGCAGCUCCACGAGGCCUUUUUCUUGCAUGUAUUCCAUGAAGGCCGGACGUUCUGCUCACCCUACGCCCGCGAAGGGGACCCCUUCGUCAACCAAUCCUAUCCCAUUAUGACCUUGGCAACACACUUUUCGCGUGUAGCACGGGACCCUCGCCCAAUCGGCCGCGACCUGCUGAGGAUACCCAUGGUGACUUUGGUUCACCCGGACGAGCUGUUUAAAAACUGGCAGAUUCUCAUGGCCUCGGUCGGCUUGGUAGAGCCAACUGCCGUUGGCGCCCACGACGAGGCCGGUUUCCGCACGGAAUUUCACUUCCUUAUCGCAGCCAGCCCUGACAGGGAGGGGCCCCCCAUCUGGCCGUACGAUCGCCAGGGUGGGCUGAUCUGUUUGCAAAAGGAGAUGGAUGCGUUCCCCUCCAAGUGCGAAUCGCGAUCGAGCAACGGCAAUAUGCCUGAAGGGUUCGCCGAACGGCCGCAGGCAUCCCGGGUGGCAGAGCAGCAGCAACCCACUGCCAUACCGGUUCUGGGAUUCUGGCUUUUUCCCUUGGGCACCAUACUCCCAGCCACCGAAAACCGGCUGGACUGGCCUCUCGAGGAGGCCGUGGACUUGAGUGGGCAUUGGCCUACCCUUGGAGUGUUCGAUUUCUCUUCGUGGGGCAGAGAGAGGAGGGAAUAG